AUGCGCGCUUCUCUCGACUCCACCCUUCUUAUCCUUGCCAACAUCUUGGCAGUCCAGGCUCAGUCAUGCCCGGACAUUCACAUCUUCGGCGCUCGCGAAACGUCAGUUGCACCGGGUUUCGGCUCAGCUGGUCAGCUGGUCGAAAUGAUCAAGGCUGAUCACCCCGGCGCUACUUCAGAGGCCAUCGAUUACCCUGCUUGUGGCGGUCAGGCUUCAUGUGGCGGUGUUCAGUACGGUGACUCUGCGAAGCAGGGUACCCAGGCCGUUACUACUGCUGUAAACGGUCUCAACCAGCGUUGCCCUCAGACAAAGAUUGUCAUGGUCGGUUACUCUCAGGGUGGCCAAAUCAUGGAUAACAACAUCUGCGGAGGUCCUGAUUCUGGAGCUGGCGUCUCUGAUUCAUCUGUCCCUCUCUCCGCUAGUGCAGUCCAACAGGUCAAGGCUGUUAUCAUGCUUGGUGACCCCCGCUUCGUGAGCGGUCUUCCGUAUGGUGUCGGAACCUGCACCGCUGGAGGCUUCGAUGCCCGCCCUGCUGGCUUCAGCUGUCCCAACGCCGACAAGGUCCAGAUAUACUGUGACUCUCAGGAUCCCUUCUGCUGUAAUGGAAAUGACUCCAACCACCACCAGCAAUACGUCAACAUUUAUGGCAAAGACGCUUUGGCAUUUGUGAACAGCAAGCUCUGA